AUGUCUUCAGAAGAGCCAAUCAGACUCCUGACUGGCUUAAGCCUUGCCAUCAUAUCAAUCCCGCAGCAUUUCGUGCUAUUGCUGCUGUUAGGUCUUUGGUUAUGGCAAUAUGAGCUUCUAAUUCUGUCGCGCAUUAUGAACCUAUCGCAUGUCGUUUUGUUUAACCACCCAUAUGAUAUUAAACCUCAUCCGACAGGGCUUCAGAUGUAUCAGGCUACUAGGGCCUGCGUUCGAAGAGUUACAAAAAUCAUCUUACCGUGGCACAUCGUUGUAUCAUUCUUCCUGUACAAGGUCAGAAGCAGCGAUACAUCGCUGCCAAGAUGGUUGACGUUUCUGGUCAAUGUUUCCCCACUACUUGAAGUUGCCCUGAUAAUAAUAAUAAUUACACACAGUUCUAGGCUACUUCGCCGCUGUUUAGGACGGUCAUUAUUUAAGGGAGAUAUAGAGCCUGGCCCGCUACGCAUCAACUACAUUUUGCUUUCAGAUACAAUGACCUCAUACAGCAAACCGAUGAUGGAUUUUUGUCUUUAUACACUGCAUUUUAUUCAGGACCCAAUCGACAGCAGCAUGAAGACCGCGGUAAACCAUGCGAGUAUGGUGCUACAUAUUGAUCUCAUUAUAGGAGCAAUGCCGUUCUUCAUUAGGUUUGUGCAGUCUAUGCGCGAACAUCACCGUGAAAAGCAGCAGUCACAUCCAUCCAGAAUAAACCUCUUUAAUGCCAUCAAGUACUUAUCGCACUUCCCGAUAGACGUCUGCGUUGCUAUCUCCAGGGUUUACCCCAGCUAUCUUCCCGACAAGAGCAUGUAUUGGUUCAUGCUCAUCAACAGUUGUUACAGUUUCUGGUGGGACGUGACAGUUGACUGGAAAUUAGGACUGAUGGAUUUCAACCCUCGCAGCUUGGAAGCAGAUGAUAUCCUGCGGAGCAAAAAGCUCUUCCACAACAGAACCUACUACGCGGCAAUCAUAAUUGACUUCUUCAUCAGAUUCACCUGGCUCUGGACUCUAAUGUUAAACACCCCUGUAUUUAAAGGAGAAUAUCGCCAGCUCUCGAUCUACGUUGCAGAGCUUCUCCGCAGGUGGAUUUGGACCUUUUUUAAGAUCGAAGCUGAAUACAUUUCUGGUUCAGUAAGGGAAUAA